AAAUCGAUCCAGAGACAGAGGGAGAGCGAAAAUGAUUCGAACGGCUUUAUUGUUCGCUGCUUUGCUCGUCGGAACAAGCGUAGAAGCGCAGCAACUACCUCCGUCGAGGCGCGAUGGAUUCGUGUAUCCACCGGGUCGCAAGAUCGAACCGGAUACGAUACUUAUCGAAGCGUAUUUUGAUCCGGUUUGCCCCGAUUGCGGAGACGCUUGGGAACCGCUAAAGCUAGCGGUUGAUCACUACGGAUCUCGCGUUGCUCUUGUUCUUCACCUCAUGCCGUUGCCGUUCCAUGACAAUGCGUUUGUAGUAUCUCGGGCCUUACACAUUGUGAGUACCAUAAACGCCAAUGCCACGUUCAGUUUGCUGGAAGGGAUCUUCAAGCACCAGGCGUUGUUCUACAACUCGCAAACACAAUACAUGCCAAGACCUGCAGUUGUGGACAAAUUAGUCAAACUCGGGACAGUUACAUUAGGUAGCUCAUUUCAUUAUCCUCUUAAAUCUGGCUUCCGCAACUCAAAAACAGAUCUUGCCACUAGGGUUUCCUUCAAGUAUAGCAUUUCAAGAGGAGUUUCCGCUACACCAACCUUCUAUGUGAAUGGGUUCGAGCUGCCCGAUGCUGGCUCUCCCAUAGAAUUUGAAGGAUGGAAAAACACCAUUGAUCCUCUGGUUAAACCACGAGAAGCAAAGAUACAGGACACCUUCCUUUCAUUCCUAACGCAGCCAUCGUACUAGUAGUGCUUUUUAUGCUGCCUCAGACUCACACAUAAUGUACUAGACAUAUUUAAUUCUCCACAAUUUGUCUGUAAAGAAAUAAUCUGAACUGCACAGAAGCAUAAAAUCAUGCAUGUUCACAAUU